AUGCCGCGCCCGUGGCAUCCGCAGUCCAUGCCGGUGCCGGCCCGCGAGCCGCCCAGCGGCGCGGCCGCGGCGCCGCCGCCCAGAGUGGAGCCCGCGCGGGCGGCCCCGGAGGGGGUGGUCGCGAACGGUGCGGCGGCGGACCGUGCGGUGGUGCUUCGGGACUUCGAGGUCACGAUCAACCUGUCGUUCCUGCCGCCCCCUUUCGCGCUCCGGUGCACUUUCUCCCGGGCGCUGGCCGCAUCCGACCUCGAGCGCAUCCCGGUGGAGGAACGCACGCUGGAGGCGAGCUGUCAGGAGGCGCGGCUGCUGGUCGGGCGCGCGGCGCAGCCGGCGGCGCUCUGGGAGCGGCUGCUGCCCGAGGAGACGCUCCGCCGCGCCGUCUCGCCGGAGCACUUCGAGAUCGCGGUGGACGAGGAGGCCGAGCUGGUGUUGAGAAACUUGAGCUCGACGGGAACCUUGGUCAAUGGAAAGACCAUCACAGACUCGGUGCGAGUGCAGCACGCGGACGUGAUCACCGUCCGGGCCUCGGCGAGGGACGACGUCGCCGUGCUUGUCUUCCGGCUGUCCGUCGCCGGCGAGCAGGAGGACGAGGACUCGGUCUUCAGCGACUGCCCCAGCUGCAGCAGCUUCGCGGAGGCCGGGAGGCCUCGGCUCGCCACCGAGUCCACCAUCAUAGACAGCGGGUACAUCGCGGCGACGCCCUUGCUCGGCCUGCUGCAGCGGGAGUCCACGGCCCACCAGCGGGAGUGGAUGUGCUUGCAGCGCGAGGGGACCCUGCUCCGAGAGUGGACAUCGGGUUCACGCGCAAUGGGCGACGACUGCAUACGACAAGCUGCCGUACGAGAUGCUGCCGUCAGGCCGCCCCCGGUGGCCGCGGUGCGCUGGCCGAUCAUGCCCCCCGUGCGAGAGGAGCAGGGUGCCAUCGAGAUCUGAGCGAGGCCAAUGCAGAGCGGAGGCACCGGAAGCCAGGUGGCUUAGCUCACCUGGCCUUCCUGCACCUCCCCCGAUUCAAUUCAUGGUAGCCGUCGGCGAUGUGCUUCGGAGGAGGGCUCUGACCUUCUGGAGAGCCUUUGCCGCCGACUCCGAGAGCCGCGCGUGAA